GCUUCAGAUGUUUUCAUGACAAUAGCAGUGUCUGGACUGUUCUUGAGAGAAGUGAGCGUUCAACUGAUGGAGAAUUCACAGGAACUGAAUGAUCAGAUCGUGAAGAAAUCCACCGCUGAUUUGCAUGCUCCAGAAGCAGUAGAGCACAGGGUCUUGGAAAUGCAGGACCUAACAGACCCUCAGCACUCUGCUAACAGUGGCAAUGAUGGCACCUCCAAACUGGACAAGAACAUCCUUAGCAACAACAUCACUACAAAUGGGACAGGAGGAGAGAACAUGACAAUUCUAAACACAGCUGAUUGGUUGCUGGGCUGCAGUACUCCGCCCACUGCCCCAAGUAUGAAGAACGAUGUUAAAUCAGAGCCUCUGAACAGCAGCGAGACUGUUAGCUCAGCGGGAGACACUGUGCUGGACUCUUACACUGGCUCAGUUAUAAGCAGCAGUGGAUUCAGCCCUCGGCCGGCUCACCAGUAUUCACCUCCUCUCUACCCGUCGAAGCCUUACCCACACAUCCUGUCUACUCCUGUGGCUCCUCCAAUGUCAGCCUACGCCGGCCAAUCGCAAUUCGGUAGCAUGCAGCAAUCAACAGUUUACACACCCUACUCUCAGACUACUCCACCUUACGGCCUCUCCACCUAUGCUACAGAUUUAGGAGUGAUGUUGCCAGGCAUAAAGGCAGAACCCUCCAAUCAACAGUCAACCCUCCAAUCAGGGCUCAGCUAUAGUCCUGGAUUUACCACCCCUCAGCCCGGGCAGACUGCCUACUCACCUUAUCAGAUGCCAGCAGGAUCUGGUUUCACAACCUCUCCUGGUCUUUACACUUCCAACAACUCCAACCCAGGCAACUUUACCACACAACAGCAGGAGUAUUCCUCCUAUACCGCAUUUGGGCAGAAUCAGUAUGCUCAGUAUUACUCCACAGCCUCCUACAGUUCCUAUGUGACACCUAACAGCUCAUUGGAUGGCACAGGUUCAGUCUCCACAUAUCAGCUGCAAGACUCCACCCCCAUUAUGACAGCAGCUGACCUGAAUCCAGGUGAGUUUGAAGCGGGGCAAAGCCCAUCCACGCCGAUUAAGGAGAUGGAAGACAGGGCGUGUCGAGGGGGUGCGGCCAAAGCAAGAGGGCGGGGCAGAAAGAACAACCCCUCCCCACCACCUGACAGUGAUCUUGAGAGAGUGUUUGUUUGGGAUCUGGAUGAGACAAUCAUUGUGUUUCACUCACUCCUCACGGGCUCUUAUGCACAGAAAUACGGCAAGGACCCUCCCUUGGCCGUGACCCUUGGUUUAAGAAUGGAGGAGAUGAUCUUUAAUCUCGCUGACACUCAUUUAUUUUUUAAUGAUUUAGAGGAAUGCGAUCAGGUGCAUAUUGAUGAUGCCUCAUCAGAUGAUAAUGGACAAGAUCUUAGUACUUACAGUUUUGCCACUGAUGGCUUCCAUGCAGCUGCAACAAGUGCAAGUCUGUGCCUAGCAACAGGAGUUAGGGGCGGAGUCGACUGGAUGAGGAAGUUAGCCUUUCGAUAUAGAAGAGUAAAGGAGUUAUACUGCACCUACAAAAACAAUGUUGGCGGGAUGCUGGGGCCGGCUAAGAGAGAGGCGUGGCUUCAGCUAAGAGCAGAGGUGGAGGCUCUGACAGACUCUUGGCUAACCACUGCACUCAAGUCUUUGUCAAUCAUCAGCUCCAGGAGUAACUGCGUUAAUGUCUUGGUGACAACGACACAGUUAAUACCCGCGCUCGCUAAAGUGUUGUUGUACAGCCUGGGCUCAGCUUUUCCUGUCGAAAACAUUUACAGCGCAACCAAAAUAGGCAAAGAGAGUUGCUUUGAACGCAUUAUGCAGAGAUUUGGCAGGAAGGUAGUGUAUGUUGUUAUUGGGGAUGGUGUAGAAGAGGAGCAGGCCGCUGCCAAGCACAACAUGCCGUUCUGGAGAAUAUCAAGCCACUCUGACCUGCUUGCCCUUCACCAAGCACUGGAGUUUGAGUACCUGUAACUCAACACCUGUAUCAUAAGCCCUUUUUGUACUAUUUAAGAAUAAGAGUACACUGCGGACUCUUUUUAUGCUGUCGUCGUCUUUUUAUUUUUAAGAAACUUCUGGCUUUUGAGAUAAUUCUGCACUGUCUUAAGAAGACUAGGACAGACGGGGAAAAUAGGAUUGUAUGGUCAAACCAGGCUUGUCGGGAGCUAACUAAGGUCUUACGUCACACACUGCAUUUCAUGUUUUAAUGUGGGGAGAGGAGUAUCCAUUUUGUUCAUACGAACAGAUAACUUUGACUGUAAACUGCAUAUAUAUACUCUCUCUUCUGCAGGAACUUGUAACUGUCUAUACUAUAGACUUCAUUGUCUUCAUCUCCACUUAGAAACAACUGAAGCUCUGUACUUUAAGGGUCAUUUAGAAUAGAUUCAUGUAAAUUAUUUUACAGGGUCUAGAUUAAACACUUAAGGAUGCUGUGUGUUUUCACAUGGUAUCGUUUUGAUUUUGUUUUGUAUGUUUUUGGCAAAAAAAAGUCUGUGUAUAAUUUGUUGUGCCUUAUGUUGUGUGUCAGUUUUUAUUUUGAGAAUGUAUGUAGAUAAAAUUGUAAACACCUGA